GAUUUAUAUUCUGUCCUUAUUAAAGGACCUAAACGCACACCUUAUGAAGAUGGUAUUUUUCUGUUUGAUUUUCAACUUCCAGCUGACUAUCCUAAAAUUCCACCUCUUUGUCACUACAUAUCUUAUUGUUCAGAUAGGCUUAAUCCUAAUCUCUAUGAAGGUGGUAAAGUUUGUGUCAGUUUGCUUGGUACCUGGGGAGGAAAGGGUACUGAGAUGUGGUGUUCAUCUACAUCUAGUCUCCUUCAAGUUAUAAUAUCUAUCCAAGGUUUAAUUUUGGUCUCAGAACCUUAUUUUAAUGAAGCUGGUUAUGAAAGGCAACGGGGUACCCAGUUAGGGAGAGAAAAUAGUCGUAUGUACAAUGAAAUGGUUGUAUUAAAAUUAAUCCAGUCUAUGAGUAAAUUAAUCCAGAAUCCACCAGAAAGUUUCCAGCAAGAAAUAUUAGAACAUUUCAGUCAACAUUCUUUAAGAUUAGUCAAUCGGUUAGAACAUUGGUUGGAAAUAUCUGAUAAUUGGAAUAUAGAUCAUCCUACAUCUCCCACUUCACCCACACUCUUUAAAGAAAUGUACAGUAAAAAUGAAAGUAGGUGAAAAUUUAAUUUUUAUAUGUAAAAUAAUAAUUACACUAGAAUUGCAGCUACUUUAUGCUACUUAGGACUGUAGCAAUCAUUUUAAUCAGUUCUCAUAUUCAAUAUUCUGUAAAACUAAUGCAAAACUUUCUUUGUGAAACUGUUAUUGCAUACAUUAGUUUUACUUAAAAUAUUAUAUAACUUAAUAAAAGUUUCAAUCUCAAAUGUUUGUAUUUUUUUACAUUAUUACACUUAAUACAGAG